AUGCGUAUUCUACAUAAAUGGAAGAAAACUGCUGAAGAAUUGCCGCGCUUUUGGUUUGUUGAUCGUUUACGUCAUGUAGUCAAUGCAAGAGCAUCGUUAGAUGAAACGGAACGUCGCAUUGAUCUCCUUCAACUAAUGCUCGAUGUUGCUACUUCAAAUGAAAUCAAGGAUGAUAAUAAUAGUGAUGUCAUACCGAAAAAGCUUCAGUACGAAGAAGUCGUCAAUAAUGCAUUUUUGUUUAUGAUUGCUGGUUAUGAAACAACAUCAACGGCACUCACCUAUUGUACGUAUAUUUUGGCAACACACCCUACUGUUCAAGAAAAACUUCGUAAAGAAAUUGAGGAAUAUCCAGAUAAAAAUGAAAGUGACUAUGAUCGAGUUCAUAAUAUGGUCUAUCUAGAUUCGUUUAUACGAGAAGUUUUACGAAUGUUUCCUAUUGCACCUAAAGCUACAACAAGAGAAUGUAAUACAACAACGACUGUUUGUAGUUACGUAAUAGAAAAAGGAAGUGUCAUUCAACCGGACAUAUUUUCGUUGCAUUAUGAUCCAAAUUUAUGGGGUCCUGAUGAUCCAAAUUUGUUUAUACCUGAACGACAUUUGACUCGACGACAUCCAGUUGCAUACAUGCCAUUUGGUCAAGGUCCACGCAAUUGUGUUGGAAUGCGAUUUGCACUAAUGGAAAUCAAAUCGUAUUAUACUGCAAUUGAUGAUAAUAAUAAUAAAAAAAGUUAUUUAACAAAUGAAUUAACUCGACAUAUUAUUGAUAUAGAUGAUCAUGGAAUGAAAUUUGAUAAAAAUUAUUAUUCGAUAAAUAUAAGCGAAUCAAUUGGACUUGAUAAUAUUAGAUUUCAAGUGAAUAUAACAAGUGAAGAUUCUAUUGUACAAGAAAAUAGAAUAUUUUAUUUAAUAAAUUCAUCAGAUUAA